AUGAAUCGUGGAUUUACUUCGGCUGUUUGGGUGUUUCAAGGUGAAGAAAAGCCAACAAAUGUCAUCCGUUCUCGAAAAAGAUGCGGUCAUAUUGCAACAAUUCCUCUUAAUGAGCAAAGUACUGUUACUGCGGAUUGGUAUACCACCAUUUGUUUGCCAAAAGUCAUCACUGAGCUUCGAAAAAUCAACCCCGAAAGAAGAAUCAUCCUCCACCGAGACAAUGCAAGCUCGCACACAGCUCAAAAAACAAGGCAGUACUUAACGGAAGAAAACGUGGAAUUAUUGGACCAUCCUCCAUAUAGUCCCGAUCUAAGUCCUAACGAUUUCUUCACUUUCGCGAAAACUAAAAACAGACUGCGUGGUCAAAGGUUUCAGUCACCAGAAGAAGCAGUUGACGCAUUCAAAACUGCCGUUUUGGAUCUGCCAACAAACGAGUGGAAUAAGUGCUUCGGAAAUUGGUUCGAGCGCAUGCAGAUGUGUAUUAAUCAUCGUGGAGAAUACUUCGAAAAACAAUAAAGUCAUUUGAAAC